UAACAGUUGACCUAGAAUAUAAGGUAAACUUAAAUAUAGUAUAUUUUGUUUCACAAUCAACUGAUUGGACUUUUUUGGACCAGACGUGAACCAUGUUGUUUGUCCUCGGCAUAUCCUUCGUCUUUGCGUUUAGUUCCUUGGUUGUAGCCCAGGAUUGUAAAGAUAUUGACCCAAUAGCCUGUAAACUGAUGGCUCAACAAAGACCCGACCUUUGCGCCGACGACACCAUAGCCAAAACUGCAUGUCCGGCCUAUUGUAAAAAGUGCCCCGUGACCUGCUAUCAUUGUAACGCGACAGUGAAAGACUACCAUCUUUGUAACACAACAAUGAAGUGCGCUGAAGGAGAGAUUUGUAUGAAGAAGGAAUUAAAAUCUGCAUUGGAUGGACAUCACGAAUAUGAAAUGACAUGCGCAGACAAAGUGACGUGUGAUGACCCAUGGAGUAGUUUAAGUGCAUUCGGAAAGCGUAGCAAAGAUGCACGUGACGUUUCAAUAACAUGUUGUUCGGACGACCUCUGUAAUUAUCCGGAAACCUUAACAACAAAACCAGAAGUAUUUACCACGGCUAUUCCAACAACAACAAGACCAACGACAACAAGACCAACAACAACAAGACCAACGACAACAAGACCAACAACAAAAACGCCGACAGGUUGUGUAAUAGACCUUGUAAUUGUAAUAGAUGAGUCGACCAGUGUCAGAAGGUACCAAAGCGAGGUUGAGCAAUUUUUACAUGACGUAGUUUCCCCAUUGCCCAUUAGCGACGCUGAAGUACAUGUGUCUCUUGGCAUGUUUGCAAGUUCGUCUAGACAUAUAUUCGAUCUGGAUGACCUUCAUUCCAAAGAUUCAGUUCUCAGAGCCUUAACUCACUUAUCUUUGCACGGCGGAAGCGGAGAUAUCGAUGUUGGAUUAAAAUAUGUGACCCAUCAUGCACUCAGAUCCAGAGCCGGUGACCGACCAUCAGCUAAAAAUGUUGUAUUAAUCCUUACUGACGAUGGUACACAUAACAGAACUCUCCUGACGUCAUUGGAACACGAGGUUCACAAAAUAGCUGACGUAAUUUCCGUUGAAAUCGGACCUUUGAUACAUUUUGGACACCUUGCAUCGGAUACGCAUCACCAGUUUCACUUGAACUCGCCGUUAAGCCUGUCACAGAUUUCUCGACAAGUUUCUGAAUUAAUAUGUAGAUAGAAUGAAAACAAUAAAGAAUUCACUGAAUAUUU